AGGGCAUGAUCCAAAACUCGUUGAAAAGACUCCAUCGAUAUCAAUGAGCUGUGGAAGAAGCCCUAAGAACGUCAUUUCAGUUCACAUACAUCACCAAACAGGUCCCCAGAGCAAAGGAAAAUUUCUGAAAUGCAGAAAUGCUUGUAUGUAGCUGCAAAUGGGAAUUUGGAAUAACUGUGAAAAUCGCACUGAAAUAAUUGUGUUUGACUGGAACAAAAUUCUUGCAAAGUCCCCAAGGAUGAGAUUCUGUGCCAAAUCGAUGCUUCUAUCUCACUGGCUCUUUCUGGUCUGUGUGUUAAUGGUGUGCUGUAAAUUGUUGUCUGCCUCUAGCCACCAUCCCCGAGGUCACACAGGCCACCACCAAGUCAAGCAAGGGACGUGUGAAGUCGUCGCAGUGCAUCGUUGCUGCAAUAAGAACCGAAUUGAAGAACGGUCGCAAACAGUCAAGUGCUCUUGCUUCCCAGGGCAGGUGGCUGGAACAACAAGGGCACAGCCCUCUUGCGUGGAAGCCUCCAUUGUCAUCCAGAAGUGGUGGUGUCACAUGAACCCUUGUCUGGAUGGAGAAGACUGUAAAGUGCUACCAGACUAUUCAGGUUGGUCUUGCAGCAGUGGAAAUAAAGUCAAAACCACAAAGGUAACACGGUAGCAAAGGAUAAACCUAUGUGUCCUUGCUGGAACAAUGGGAUUUGCAGCUGUGUUGCUUGUCUGUUUUACGUAGUCCCGUUUUUUUCUGAGAAUACU